AUGGCUGAACAAAGAACAAUUCUCGAAAAGACUUUCGCCUUGACGAGUCAACAACAGGAGGGUACAGUUACCCUUUUGGAAUUGACGGUAGAAUUACGCAAAAUCCCGGCGACAGUAGAGCGCCAAAGCGACCAGCCUAAUGGGCCAAUCGUGAUAGCCACCACUCGCAGAUAUGCGCAAGGACAAAUUUUGGUUGACAGAGAUGUCACUGAAGUGGAAGAAGAAGCUCCAGCUGAAACCGAAGAGGCGGCAACAGUCCCUGUCGGGAUAGCCCGCCAAGAGAUCAUCGACUUGACAGCAUCAGACGAUGAAGAAUCAGAAGAAACGCCGUCAGAACACGACAGCGAAACCACAGAAAGGAAUCCGAAUCUGGAGGACAUAGAAGAGCGCUCGGAAGAACAUGGCGAUUCAGCAGACCCGCAUCCGCCGGACGAGGAAACAGCAUCGGGAAAUGGUGGUGAGCCAGACGAAGACAGCCAAGACCGCGCCUGGCCGGACUCGCCACCACCAUCACCACCACCAUACUCACCAGAACCUCCUUCACGACGACGAGAUUCGGACCGACGUAGAGAAUUCCGUGACGGAGUACGAUCGCCAUCACCGCCAGUUGAGUUGCGCAAAAUACCGGCGACGGUAGAACAACAAGACAACCAGUACAAUGGACCAGUCAUCAUAACAACGACUCGCCGAUACGCCCAAGGCCAAAUACUGGUCGACGGCGAUCUUACAGAAGUAGAAGAAACCGAAGUUCCAGCUGAACCAGAGGAAACGGCAGCGGUCCCUGUCGGAAUAGCCCGCCAAGAAAUAAUCGAUCUGACGGAGACAGACGACGAAAACACAGAAGAUACACAAUCGGAAGACAGCGACACCACGGAACGUAAUCCUGAUUUGGCGGACGAAGGCGAGCGCUCAGAGGAGGGCGGCGAUUUGGACCCACAUCUGUCGGACGACGACGCAGCGUCAAGAAAUAGUGGUGAGCCUGACAGAGAUCCCCGAGACGCGCCACCACCAUACUCACCAGAGCCUCCUUCAUGA